AGCAGGAAAAACAUCCUCACAUAUCUUAAAACAUGUACAGUCGAUAACAACUGUAUCGUGCAGUAAAUUCAACACAACGCAGCCUUUUCUGCAGCAGGAAACGAAUGUACAAAUCCUACUAUGGAAAAGGCUUAGUUCUUAGUCGCUCGAGCCAGGCAUUUGCUAAUGGAAAAUUACCAGACAACGCCGGUCUUUCCUACUUAAUACACACGAGCCAUGCUUUCGCCAUGGGAAACGUACAAAGCAACUUCUUGAUGCCGUGAUUAUUAUUCACAAGCUUAACUCUGCGCUGCGUCAAGUGUAGUUCAGAUAAUCGACCGCUAGAGGGCGCUGUGAGAUAGAGGCGGCGGCAUCGCUGUCACUGCGUGACCCCGGCAGGCAGAGAGGAGGAGGAGGAGGGUCUGACGCGGAAAACAAGCAGAAAAUUUGGCAGAGAGCAAGCGGCCAGUGGUGAAGAGAUAUGAGUGAAGGGUAAAGGGCUGAACGGUGCAGUUACGGGGGCAUGUCGAUAUGGAAAGAGCCCGAUAUGCACGACGUCUCUGUUAGUAAGCUUUCAAAAUUGACGCAAAAGGGGAGGAGGACGCAACGCCAGAGCGGAAACAAAGGCGCUUUGGUUUGAACGAAACACAUCUGCAAAGAUUUGGGGGAUUAUUGGUCCCUCAGUAUGAGUCGAGAUGGAUGGAGAAAGAAAGCCAGCGAUGAUGAUGGAUGGGGAGGAAGGGGUGGUUACAUGGCUGCAAAAAUAUCAAAGCUUGAGGAUCAGUUUCAAAAGGACGCCCCCAAAGAGAAGCAGAAGGAUGGAAAGUCUUCCUUUAUCUUCAGUGGCGUGGCCAUCUACGUUAAUGGCUACACAGAUCCCAGCCCAAAUGAGCUGCGCAGGCUGAUGAUGCUGCAUGGUGGCCAGUUCCAUCUCUAUUACUCUCGCUCCAAAACAACACACAUCAUUGCCACCAACCUGCCAAACAACAAAAUACAGGAGCUCAGAGGAGAGAAAGUAGUGCGACCAGACUGGAUUACAGACAGUAUUAAGGCAGGCCAUCAGCUUUCUUACAUUCAGUAUCAGCUGUACCCAAAGCAGAAAGGCUUGGACUUUUCCAGCGUACAUAAGCGAGAAGGGCAGGAUCCACCGUCUAACCGUGACCCAGCCAAGCCCAGUCUGAGCCUCGUCCAACCAGACGGCAUCCAGCCUGAGCUGAGACACACUCAUUCUCAUUCAGCAGUCCUUAAAUCCUCUCACACUAACCACGCAUCUAACUUCACUGAGCAAACCAAUCACCAGCUGGGUGUCAAACUAAAUGGCUCGUAUAGCAUCAUCUCUGAAGAUGCAGGGGGCCAUAAAAUCAAUGGGAUCCACGAUGAAGAUGAUGAUAACGCCUGCGCCCCUUUGCCAAGAAGCUCGAGAGACCCAUUGUUGACCAAUGGUUACGUCCAUCCUGUGAAUGGUGCCUUAAAGCCUCAAAACUUAGCAGAACAUCUUCCUCAGGUUGACGCACAGUCCCAUCGCCCUCACGUCCCACACAGUGAAAGAGAGCAGCAGUCUAAUCGCUCUUCUGCUGGUUCAGAAGCAGGUUCCCAUCAGACGCCCUCAAUAUCUACAGCCGCUCCUGUUACUCAUAAUAUGCAAAAUGAGCUCCAACUAAAACCAACAUGCAAUCCAGGAACUUCAGCUGACCCUGUAAGGGGUCAUCAGACCAGCAAAGUUCGACUAAAUGGGAGCUACAAUACGACCUCUAACGCCACCCUUUCAGACUCCAGUAAGCAGGCUGUUCAUGGAGCAGAAGCUGGACUAAUAUCAGAGUUUUUUUCUCACUCGAGACUGCAUCAUAUUUCUACAUGGCGGAAUGAGUUCUCAGAGUUUGUGAAUACCUUGCAGAGGAGGCGGCGAGCAGCAGGAGGCAUUGUUUUCUCGGGAAAGGAGAAACUGAAGAAGCUCAAAGCUAAUUGCAGUUCAGGUUCCUCAAUGCCUGCUCCUCAAGUGCGUCAGUCCUGUAUCUUGCAUGUGGAUAUGGACUGCUUCUUUGUGUCCGUUGGGCUCAGGCACAGACCAGAUCUCACAGGGAAACCGGUUGCGGUUACGAGUAAUCGUGGUCCAGGCCGUGUUGCACAGAGACCUGGUGCCGACCCUCAGCUUGAGUUUCAGUACUACCAGAAUAAACAGAAUCAGUAUAGGGCAGAAAAAACGGAUGGUGAUUUUGAGUUGACCCCAUCUCCGGAGUCUGAAGAGACUCAGACUCAGAAGAGCAACGGAGUGAAUUUAGACCAGACUGCACUGUCUAUGGCAGAGAUUGCCUCUUGCAGUUAUGAGGCCAGGAAGGCCGGUGUGCGAAACGGCAUGUUUUUUGGCCGUGCUAAGCAGCUGUGCCCUGAUCUGGAAGCUGUGCCAUAUGACUUCCAGGCGUAUAAAGAGGUGGCACUGACCAUGUAUGAGACUCUGGCCAGCUACACUCAUAACAUUGAGGCGUUGAGUUGUGAUGAGGCACUGGUGGAUGCCACGUCUCUUUUGGUUGAGCUGGGAGUCACCUGUGAUGAUCUGGCUGAAGCCAUCCGUGCAGACGUUAAGGAAAAGACGGGAUGUUCAGCCUCAGUUGGAAUGGGUUCCAACAUCCUGCUAGCUCGAAUGGCGACCCGUAAAGCCAAGCCAAACGGACAGUACUUCCUCAGGUCAAAGGAGGUGGAUGAUUUUAUUCGUGAUCAACCCGUGUCCAGUUUACCUGGUGUGGGUCGCUCGAUGAGCUCCAAGCUGGCUACCCUGGGAGUAAGCACGUGUGGAGACCUGCAGCAGUUGUCCAUGUCUCAACUACAGAGGGAGUUUGGGCCACGGACAGGUCAGACUCUCUUUCGCUUUUGCAGAGGACUGGAUGACAGGCCUGUGCGCAGCGAAAAGGAGAGAAAGUCUGUGUCAGCGGAGAUGAAUUACAACAUUCGGUUCACACAGGUUGAAGAGGCAGAGUCUUUCCUUACUAACUUAUCUACAGAGGUGCAGAAGAGGUUGGAGGGAGCUGGUCUUCGGGGUCGUCGGGUUACUCUAAAGGUCAUGAUGCGGAAAGCCGGUGCUCCGGUUGAGCCGGCCAAAUAUGGUGGUCAUGGUAUCUGUGACAACUUUGCCAGGUCUGUUUUACUAGCUCAGCCUACAGACAGUGGCCGAGUGAUAGCUACAGAGGCCAUUAAGCUUUUUCAUGCAAUGAAGUUGGACGUGAAGGAUAUGAGGGGAGUCGGACUGCAAGUUCAGCAGUUGGAGGGUUCACACGCAGACACAUCGGGACAAGGGGCAUCUAGUGGUCGCUCUAUUAAAGACCUGCUGCUGGCCAGAAAGUCAAUACACAGACAGAGUAAAGACCCUUUAGCACAAGGUGGAUUAACCAGCACUUCCUCAUCUAGAGCUUUAUCGUCCAAUCAAGAGAGAGUUUUCCCUCCCUCAUCACCACCCUCCACCGUCCCAGAUCCAAUACCUGGGACGAGUAAAGGAGAAUUUUCCAAUCCACAAACACCCAACCAUGUCAGGACAUGCUUAAAUCUUAGUAUUGAGGUGCCAUCUCCAUCUCAGGUGGACCAGUCUGUAUUAGAAGCUUUACCUGCAGAGUUAAGGAAACAGGUGGAGGAGUCCUGGAGCCACAGAGAGGAACGGCCCAGCACGUCAUCCCAUCUUUCAACCCCACCUCGAUCCACCUCAUCUGCACCUCCAGCACCAAUGCUUGGCACCCUUGUACUACAGCUCCCAAACCAACCAGGACAACCAUGUACAACUGGCAUUGUACUGGAGCUCCCUGAUUUCUCCCAGGUGGAUCCAGAUGUUUUUGCAGCUCUUCCCAAAGAACUGCAGGAGGAGCUGUGCUCCGCUUAUAGAAACAAAGGAAAUGCUCAAGCUCAAGGUGUUGUUGUUGAACAGAAAAACGCAUUUCCUCAACUAAAACAACCAGCAGUAGGAAAAAUUAAGCGGCGCUACAAAAGAAGAAAUGCAAGUCCUGCCAAAAAGGGCCCCAGUCCACUAAAAAAACUGUUACAAACUGGAAGCAGUCCCGCCAAAUCCAGCCCUUCCAAAAUUGUUCCUUUGCCAAUCAAACAAGGCCUCAAAACUGAAAAUGUUCGGUGCGCAUCCUCUCCAAGCACAGAUGCUUCAGAGAAGUUGUCUAAAUUUAAUUCUCGCCCGCUUCCGACCCUAGCUGGAGCUUAUGAGUUCAGUGACAUCAGAACUUUGCUUCAUGAAUGGGUCACCACUAUCUCAGACCCAAUGGAGGAGGACAUUCUGCAGGUGGUGAAGUACUGCACAGAACUUGUAGAAGCUAAAGACUUGGAGAAACUCUACCUUGUUAUUAAAUACAUGAAGAGACUUAUGCAGCAGUCCUCUGAGUCAUUGUGGAGCAUGUCCUUUGACUUCAUCCUUGACAAUGUGCAGGUGGUGGUACAGCAAACCUAUGGUAGCACUUUGAAGAUCACAUAGGAGGACCGUCCUAACCUCAGUCACUGUGACAUCAGCCCAGUCCUGCCAUCUUAAUGUAUGAAAGAGAGGAGAACACUGUUUGAAUCUGUCAAUCGUUGUAGCAUCGCUGCUUGUAAAAUCAUGGGUUUAAAGCUCUGGGAGAACACAGAGGACAUCUGAGGAUCAAAUGAUCAAACCAAUAAAGAUUCUGUAUGAUUGUGAACAGAUGAGCGUACCGGCUUCAUUCAGUAGUAACUGAACACUGAGAUUUUCUCUCAUUAUGAUGUCAACAUUUUAGGGAAUUCCGAUAGGGGAAGGUUUUUUGAAUGUUUUCAAUGCACUGACUUUACAAAGAUUUUGAAAGAGAUUUGUCAAAGCGAGCGUAUUUACUUUCUGUUUGCUAUUUGAAUUUUUCUUCUCAUCUUUUUGACUUUUUUCUUCCUUUUGCACUUCAGAACUUGAACGUCUGGCUUCAGAUAUAUUUAACAGACUUUGUAGCAAAGCAGAUUGGAGUGGCAUGUUACUUGCCCGUUAUAGAUCAGUCCAAAAUGUUUAUAGUACUAUUAGGAAAAGCAGCAUCUUUUAUUCAAGCAGAUUUUAGCGUGUGGAUACUAACAUUUAUAUAAAAGCUAACAUUUAUGUUUUUCUUACAUUAUAAAGACUCCCUUCCAUUUAUCGUUUGUUUGUUUGUAUGUAUGAAAGAGCUGAAAGAAAGAUUGAUAUUUAUGAAGAAAAAGAUUAAACAUUGGCUAGGGGUUACUAAACUGGGUUUUAACUUCUCUUGUAUACCUCUUCAACAUUUUAAGUGUGAGAAUAACAUGCUGGAAGAAAUGAUCAUUGUGGAUACAGAUUGAGGUAAAUAGUAAUAAACCAUUUGGAUUUAUGUUUCAGCUGAAUGUAUUUUGCUGUUAUUUUAAUUUCAUACUGUCUUGGUUUUAAACAGCUGCUUUUGAGGCAAAGAUCUGUUAUUAUCUUACAUUGUAUGACGUUACAGAGAGGAAUUCCUGGAAAUCCAUAUAUGGUCAAAAAUCUGUCAUAACAGAAUGACCUGUGCCUGAAGACCUGAAGCUGUGACAUCAUUUGUAUGUUUUCUAAAUUUGCAAAUAAAUUUGGAUAAGUGAUA